AUGAAUGAAAGUACAAAAAUAGUUACACCAGGUCUCACAGGGCUUGCAAAUCUCGGCAACACCUGCUAUAUUAACUCAGCAAUCCAGUGUUUAAGUCAUCUGCCCCCAAUACGAAGUUAUUUUACUAGUGUUUUUAAAAUGAUGACGAAGUCAGAAAAGCCAGAUUCAUUGUAAAAACUAUAUAGUGUAUUAAUGCCUUUUCAAGAACUUAUUCUAGACUUAUGAGAUGGACAAGAAAAUAUACGUCCUGAAACCUUUGUAAUGAAUUCUUAUAUGCUAAGCGGAGAUUACCGGCCAAACCUGCAGCAAGAUGCGCAAGAAUUUUUGAGGAAAUUGUUGGAUAGCUUGGACACAGGUAUAAAAUCUGUGAUUCCAGGACCGAAUACAAUAGUUACAGAUACUUUUCAAGGAAAAAUCGAGACAAAAAUUGUUUGUAAAGAAUGCAAUGGGGAAACAAUAAAAAGGGAUGAUUUUCUUGAUAUUCCGUUAUCGUUGCCUGAUAGAAAAGAACUGAAAAAUCUGCACAAAAAAUCAGCUUCGAUGAUGUGUGAAGCAGAUCAGGUGAAAUAUAAGAAAAAAUCAGAUAAAUUAUGGACGAAAUUUAAAGAGUAAGGUUUAUUUACUCCUUCCUUUUAUAUUUAAUCAGCAAUUAAAUUAAUAAAAAAAAAUAUUUAAAAAUAUUUAAUAGAAAAGUUAGAUUUUGCAAAAAAGGAUCCUCAAUUAUUGUUUCUUUAUAUGACUGCAUUAUCAAUUAUUUUAAGAGCCAAGAAAUAAAUGAUAUUGGCAAUUUAUAUUAUUGUGAAACUUGCCAAAAGAAAUGCCCAAUAGAAAUGGUAUAUAAGAUAGCGGAAUUUCCAAAUAUUUUGGUAUUUAGUGUAAAAAGAUUCAAAUAUUCAAAUGGCAGCUCAAAGAUUGGUAUUCAUGUACAACUUCCUACUAUAAUAAACUUAAAAGAAUUCGGAAUAAACGACGAAGAUGCCGAAUACACGUUAAUCGGGCUUAUUCAGCAUAAUGGAGGCACAGGAGCAGGACAUUAUAAAGCAUAUUGUAAAAAUGAAGAAGAUGGGAAAUGGUACAAUUUCAAUGAUAAAACCGUUUCUGAAUGCACUAUUGAAGAAGUUUUAAUCCGUUUAUAUUUAAUUUAUUUAUUUAUAAUAAAUAUAAUAUAAUCCAUCAUUAUUAUUUUUACUUUUAUAAAAAGAGUUAGAAGCCCAAGCUUACAUUGCAUUUUACCAAAAAAACUUUAUUAGCAGACCAAAGUUAAAGAAAUGUGAAGAGGAGGACAGAAUUUUUAUUCCUUUGAACUGAUUAAACAACUAUGAAAUUCUUGCAAACCCCAAAAAAAUUGAUUUUCGAACACUAACUUGUAAGCAUGACAGUUUUUCUCCAUAUCUCAAAGAUUCUUCUUUAUUCCCAAUCAGUAGAGCCCAAUACCAAUCUUUAGAAUAUGAAUUUGGGCUUGAAGGAUCUCCAUUUACGUCUCUGGAUACAUGCAGUAUUUGUAUAAAAGAAACAGCAGAUAUUAAACAGAAAAUAAUUACAGAAAUAAAAAUUGCUAAAAGCUAUAAAGAUGAUCCAGAUUGCGAAGGUCCUUGAUAUAUCGUAUCAAACUUAUGAGUACAAAAAUGAAUAAAUUUCACAAAUUGAAUCCCAAGAUAUACCCUAAAUCCUGAUAUUCCUGGACUUAUUGACAAUUUUGAUCUUUAUGAAAAUGGGGAAAUAAAGAAAAACCUUGAAUAUAAAAAAGAUUAUCGAGUUUUCAAUAAAUUUUUAUGAAGGGAAUUCUAUAAGAUUUAUGGCUGUACGCAAAUAAUCCUCAAAAAGAAAAGAGAUAUUUAUUCAGAGGAUGCUCAAGACGAUACAGAAAUUCCAGUAGAAACUGAGAUUGUUAGCGAUAAUCCAAUGAGGGCUAUUAUAAAUAACAUUAUUUAG